AUGUGAUCAGCAAAAUAAUGCAGCAAACAACAUCAAACCUAUCAGGCUGUGUACAGGAACUGGAGAAGUUGAUCAAGCACUUGGUGGAAUACAGGUCUGAUGAAGGCUUUGAGAAUGCGCUAGCUGAUGCCAAAGGAAUAGCUGAAAAGCUUGAUUGUGAAGCAAAAUUUCCUGAUGCAUUUACAAUUAGACCUCGACGGAAAAAGAAGAUUUUUGACUAUGAACAUGAAGAUGAGUCUCUUGCAGACCCUACACAAUAUUUUAAAGUGAAUUUUUUCUUUGCCGUUUUGGACACAUCCAUCCAGUCCAUAAAUGAGAGAUUCACAUUACUUCAGAGCCACUGUGACACAUUUGCAUUUUUAUAUGAAAUCCCAAAACUUGGGAUGGACAAAAAGGAUAUAUUGAAGUGUUCCAUGGAUCUGCAAAACAAAUUAACUGACAGCCAGUUAUCCCACUCUGACAUUAAUGGAAUAGAUCUUUGUGAUGAACUGGACACCAUUCGACCUUUUCUAACCCAGGAGAUGACAGUCACCAACAUCUUGCAGUAUCUAGUGGAGAAUAACUUGACCAACACAUUCCCAAACCUUUCUGUUUCACUGAGAAUAUUGAUGACACUUCCUGUAAGUGUAGCUGCUGGGGAACGUUCAUUUUCCAAACUAAAGCUGAUAAAAAAUUAUCUCCGUUCCACGAUGUCCCAGGCAAGACUUACCAACUUAUCCAUUAUAUCCAUUGAAAAAUCCUUCUGCGAAGACUUGGAUAUAGAUGAUGUGAUUAGAAAUUUUGCUGUUGCCAAGGCUCGAAGAGUUCGUUUUGUUUGAUUAAAUAAUCAAUGUGUACACACUGCAUGCAUCCUUUCCUAGUGUCUCACAACUAGAAGAUAAUGUACCAACAUUUUUUGGGAGACUGCAGAUGUGUGUUUUCAAUAUUUAGUUGGGCUUGGAUGUUUUUCUUAAGAAAAGGCGUGCCACUCUACCCCAUAGCCCAGGCAUUUGAAGAAUACUGGAGAUUGUUGUCACAUGUACCACCUUACAGCCAGCACUUGCCAUAUA